AUGCCAGACGUGAGGCCUUCACCGGCAUGUGACCACCACCCCUCCGCCCACACACCUGGUUGCCACCCUUCAGAGAUGGAACCUUGUGUCUCACACAUGCCCCCAUACGCCGCCCCGCUUUCUGCCUUCCCCCGGCACCGAGCCCCAGGCCACCAUCAGUGGUUCCCGCUUGCAUCCCGGUGUAACAGCAGCACCUUGCUGUCUAACUUAAGACACUGUCCUGGUCAAGCAGGCCCCGCAGGGACAGAGUCAAGGCCAGAUGUCCUCACAGGGGGGCGGCUGUACCGCAGUAUGGAGAACUUGAACUGGAACCCGGUACUAGAAUCAAGUCUGUGCUCGUCUAGUGAGUUUAUCUUGCGCUACACGGCUGCUAGUCACUGGUAUGACGGCCCACCAGAUGGGUCCAACCCGGAGAGUCUAGCGUAUUACCCUCAACACAGUCCCCGCAGGAAGGACGUACCCAUUUUUCCACAGUUGCUAUUUCCCAGCGGAGUGGAUGAAUGGGAUGCCAGAAAAGGUCUCAGGGAAAAGCUCCGCCUCCAGAGUGCAAGGUCGGCAGUAGAGCCUGUUAAGACCAUACCCCUGAGGACCACGGAAUCCGCCCCUGCAGAUCCGAACUUGGGGUGCCGGCGGGCUGGGGCGCGUCUCACUUGCCGUGAUGAGAUCAAACAGGAAGUUCUGAGGAAACUUCAAUUGCGGCGGCAGAACAGUAGCCCCAAUCUGGCUGUCCACGCAGCUCCAUGUAGCGCAAAAGUGCUACCAAUGUGCCGCACUUCAGCCCCCAUUUUGGGAGGUGACAGCGUCCACCGAAGUGUUCCCCUUGCACGUCUGUACAUCCCCACUUUUGAGGAGUUUAAAAAAAUGAGGAUGAAAGACCAGAAUCAGGUGUCCACUGCAGGGUCUGACGUCUCAGGUCCCCAAUGUCCCACCGCUGGGGACGGAAUAAAUUCUCCGAUCCGCAUUGGACCCUCUCCGAGGACCCCGCUGCAAUCUUCAAGCCAGGGAGGAUCUGGUGACAACGGGCGGCGCAGGAGGUCCAGCUUGGAACCGGUCGGGUCAGUUCCGUUCCUGCCCCGUAAAGACCGUGGUGGGCGGCCCUCCAGUUGCUGCCCAGCACUUCUUCUGGAGGGAACCGAUUUGUCCAGCUAUGGUGCAAAAUUCUACAAAAUGAAGGACGGACUCAUUGGAUCAGCUCUGGACCUCAUUAAGAAGAGCUGCAGUGCAGACAUCUCCUCCGAGGCCCCCGUCCGGCUGUCAGCUGAGCGGGACAGAGACGCCACCGCCACCCCCCGCCAACCCCCUGCCGCCGUCUCCAUGGCAACCGCGGCAGGAGCCGAGGCUGGCCACCAGACGCCCGCAGCAGCAGCAGAAGAAGAAGACGGCGAAGGCGAGGGAGCGGGAGAAUGCCUGCCGGGGGUCUGCCGGCGUUCCAGCUCAGACGCCACGUACGAGCGAUCGCAGGCAGCCGGCGAUUGUCGUCUGCGAGCGCGCCGUGUCGACCUCAUGCCGGCUAAUGAUGAGAUGAAGGCAAAGAUGGACGACGCAUCACAUGGACGAUAUCAUCGCAGGGAGAGGGACAGCGCUCCUGCAGCACUUCGCGGCCACUCGGAACCGCCGCGUGAUGAGCGUCCAGUAGGCUCUGAUGAACUAUUAAGCUCAGAACGGCGGCCAGGCCGCGGCCGGCGCCACCGUUGGAGCACCAUCAGCAGCCUGAGUGCCGACAGUGGCGUGGUGGGCCUCAGUGAGGAGGAUGACAACAAUGGCGAGCCCCGACGGCGGCGACGCGGUGCCGAAGUGGAGCGGGCCGACAGCGGGAUCGGACCUGGCCUUUCGCGAGCCUGGAAGCGACCCCCGUUGUGCGCAGACUGCGGUCGGCGGGACGAGGCGUCAGAUGGCCAGAGCGCAUGUGAACGUUGCGCCAAAUCACGGGCGGAGCGCAAAGAGGCUGUGCUGGAGUUCCUCAACACAGAAUGCAGCUACGGCGAGGACCUGAGGAUCAUCAAAGAGGAGUUUUACGAGCCCAUGCGAGGCGCCGGACUGCUUAGCGCCGAGCAGCUAGCAGUGGUGUUCGCUAACGUUCAGGAGCUCGGCGACGUCAACGAGAGGUUCACGGAACAUUUGCAGGACGCCAUCGAACACGCGUUGGACCGGGGUGACGAGGAUCUGCUAACAGUGUCAGUGGGAGAGAUCUUUCUAGAGUUCGUCAACAUGCUCCCGGCCUUCCAGACGUACUGCCUUCAGCAGUCGGCCUCCGUCAACAUGCUUAACGCGCUGGAGAAAGAGAAGGAACUGCUCAGGAUCUUCCUGGACGUGUCCCAGAACGACAACACUGCCCUGCGCCGCAUGAACCUGCGCUCGUUUCUCAUGGCGCCUUUGCAGCGUGUCACCAAGUAUCCGCUGCUCCUCAGCCGCCUGCUCAAAGUCACCCCUGAGAAGCACCCCGAAUUCGGGCGUCUCCGCGAAGCCAAGAGCCGCGUGGAGGCCCAUCUGGAGCAUAUCAACACUAAGACCAAACAGCAGGAUGGCAACGGCGUGGCCUCCUGGUCCCUGCGGUCUUUCCGCCGCGACAGCCGCAAGAGCCGGGAGCCGGUGGACGCCGAAAUGCGCGAGGCCUCCAUCAAAACGCUGGGCUGGACCCGGGAGGACGCCCGCUUCGUUAUGGAGGGCCCUCUGCAGCUCUCCCAGCCGGCUGACGGACAGUGGGUCAAGAAGGGGAGCAAGGCUCUCAAGUUCCAAAACGUCCAGAGUCUCCUCGUGGUCAGGACGCAGCCGUGCCAAGCAGGAGAAAGCGUCCAAGACGGAGUUUUGGUCCUCAUCAAGGACAAGAGCGGCGGAAAGUUCACCGUCAUGCGCGAACCCAUCCGCCUGGCCAACUGUGUGGUGUCCAUGGACCCUGAAUGCCAGGACACCUUCGAGGUUCUGGACAUCCGCCGUGAGGCCUUUGUCUUCCGGGCGGCCGACAAGUCCAGAACGCACAACUGGUUCAAUCAGAUGAAAAGGUACGCUCGCGACUUGGGUGCCUGGCGCAAGAGACGCAACGCUUUACCCAACAUCAUGAUUAACACUGCUCAGAGUCGGUCCUGA